CAUCCUCACCCUCAUCAUCCUCAGAGCACCAUGACGGGCGGAAGGGACGAGCUGAGCGAAGAGAAGCCCAGAGUCAAGCUGCUGUCUCCGGCCUUCGGGAUGGACAAGUCCCGGCUGCACGGCUCCGGGUUCCGCUCCAAAGGCUUCGCCAUCACCGACCUGCUGGGUCUGGAGUCCGACCUGCAGGCCCGGCAGGUCCAGGUCCAGCAGCAGCAGCAGCCCGGGGCGGCCCCGGGGUCGGGCCUGUCCGCGGCGGGGACCGGACCCGGGGCGGAGCCUCACGGAGCGGGCGGCGGGCUCGGCGGGUUCUCGUUCCCGGGCGGGUCUCUGCCGCUCGGCCUCGGGUUCCUGUGCAGCCUGGCGGCGCAGCAGCCCUCCGGAGCGCCCUGCUUCCUGCCGGGACACCUGCCGCUGCUGCAGGCCCGGGCCGACAGCCACUACCUGCAGAACCUGGACGCCCAGAGGGACGCUUACUCCGAUGAGGAGUGUCUGUCGGACCGUAAUGACUCUAAAAGCUCCGCAAACUCUCAGAAGAGGAAGAAGAGGAGACACAGGACAGUGUUCACGUCCCACCAGCUGGAGGAGCUGGAGAAAGCUUUCCAUGAGGCUCAUUAUCCUGACGUCUACGCGCGGGAGAUGUUGGCCAUGAAGACGGAGCUGCCUGAGGACAGGAUACAGGUGUGGUUCCAGAACCGGCGUGCGAAGUGGCGAAAGCGUGAGAAGUGUUGGGGUCGCAGCAGCGUCAUGGCGGAGUAUGGUCUGUACGGAGCGAUGGUGCGACACUCAAUCCCGCUGCCAGAGUCCAUCCUCAAUUCUGCCAAGAACGGCAUGAUGGGAUCGUGCGCCCCCUGGCUGCUCGGUGAGCCGCAUGCACGAAUGCACAAGAAGUCUCUAGAGAUGUCCAAAAAGUGUCCCAGCCCUCGGGAGUCUGACUCGACACAAUCAGACUCGUUCUGCGACGCCUCAGAGCGUCGGGGUGGCGGCGAGGUGAGGGAGGAGGAGGAGGAGGAGCUACUGGAGAUGGAGGAAGACGAGGAGAUGGAGGAUGAGGUGGCCAUUGACCUGUCCAGCUCCUCCAAACAGCAGCAGCAACAGGAGGAGGCCGGGGGCUCCAUAAGGCCCGCCUCCUCACCACGGCGGCAGAGCGGCGGCGAAUCAGACGAACGCAGCUGAAGGUCGGACCAAUCAAAUGUAUACAGACUGAAGCUGUGGUGACCAUCUGAUGAUGGCGGCGGGAGCACAGAGAUCUGAUUGGCUCUUCUUUCAGGGACCACAUGAAGAGCCAAUCAGAGAACAGCCAUUACAUCACUUGUUGCUUUGCAAUUUAUCAUUACGUUAAGUUUUUAGGGGGAAGUUCUGAAUGUGUGUUAGCAUGCUAAAAUAUUAGCUUCAAGGUUAUAUUUCAUCAUACUGAUCAAGUUUACUGGUGCCAUUAAAUUUAACUUUAUAGUACUACUAUUUAUUAGCAUGCUACAAUAUUAGCAUUAAGGUAAUAUACAAAUGUUUACUAAAAUCAUAAAAUAUAACAGCGCUAUUUUGACAUGCUAAUAAAGGUUAGCAUGCUAUAAUGACAACCUUUAGGUAGUAUUUUGUUAUACUCAUAAAGUUUAGAGGUACCAUAAUAUGUAACAUGAGAGCGCUACCAUUUUGACAUGCUAAUAAAGCUUAGCAUGCUAUAAUAUUAGCCUUUAAGUAAUAUACAAAUGUUUACUGGUAUGAUAAAAAUAUAACAGAGCUACUAUUUUAGGAUGUUAAUAAAGAGUUAGCAUGCAUGGAAAUGUAGCCUAAUCUUAAAGUGCUAAUUUUAGUCACAAAAUAAAUGUUAUGUAUUGUGUUAAAAAAAAGUGAAACAAAUUCUGUCAGUGAACUGUCUGUGCUCCCGGGAUGAAACAUGCUAACGUGGACGCUGCUGCCAUCGCUACCACCAUUGCCACUACUGUCGCCGCCACAGAGAAACCAACGUAGAGGAAUGGGACUGAGAGUCUUUUCUAAAAGACGCGUGAACUGAAGGAGGGUGUAAAUAUCUUGUGUGUGUGUGUGUGUGUGUGUUUAGUAUUGUACUGUGCUGAGAGUGUGUUUCAUAUCUGUGUUUCUCUUUUGGAAAAUAAGAAGUUAUUUAAUGUUUUAAUCCUGUUGUGUUUUAUAUUUUGUCUGACGAGCACUGAUGAGCCUGACUCAGGUUCUAUGAAUGAAUGUAAUCUAAAAGUAAUAUUUGAAAAAGUUUGUUUAUCAUUAUUAUUAUUAUUAUUAUUAUUAUUAUUAUCAUAUGUCUGUACAGCAGCAGGUUUGGCAGGUCGGUGAAUAAAAAACAAAGUAUUUUUUGAA